CAUGUAUUUGAUCUUUUUCUUGUAAAUUUUCAGGAAGUCAGGUUAUUCAACAGGACCUUCUGUUCAGGGAAAGUUCUAGGCAUGGAAGAAAUUGUGAGACCCUGGAGUCACUGUUUCUUCAAACACACAAAGAAACAAAAAACAAUCAAGGAAGAGUCCAGGACUUCAAAACCUGUCCAGAAGACUUCACCACACAAAACAUCAUCAACAACACCACUGACCUCAUCAACUGUGCCAAUCAAGCAAAGGAUUAGCACCACAAGUCAACCUACAACAGUACCUUGGGAGGAAAAAACUGCUACCAUCCAGGAUCAAGACAACAGUGUUUUUAAUAAAAAUGAUGUUGUGACUGUUGUGCCUGAGACCCAGUUAGAACAUGUUCCUGCAGAGGAGAUGGUGCCUGUAGAGGAGGCCCCUCCCAAAACU